AUGAGUGAAACUAGUGAAUUAUCAAACAGCGGAGACGAAAGACCUCAUUCUUUAGAUAAAACUAUAAGAAUCCCGACUGUCGAAACAUCUGAGGACGAAGAAAAUUUGGUAUCAUUUCGACAAAAGAUCUCGUCAUCCGAAGCUAGCGAUAGCGAAGAAACAUUGCAGAAUUUUCUGGGCAACUCUAGCGGCAACCGUCCUUUGCAUUUGUUAAAACGAGCGAGAAGACAGGCUCGUGAAUUUGAUAAAAAAGGAGAGCUUGAAUUAGCUGUGAAAGAACGGAUACGAAGUCUUGCUUACUGCAGACUUGUGUAUGGAAAUGGACAUUCGCAGUUAGCUAAGGCAUAUGGCAAGCUUGGGGAAGCGUAUUUAAAACGAAAAGGCUUCACACAACAAGCUUUACUCCACGCUACAUAA